UGUUGCUGAUAAACCUCAUUACCCACUCAACUUCUUUGCAACUUACAGUUAUCUCCAGAUUCCCGAGUUGAAGACCGAUCGAUGACCAGCAUCAUGGUGUCUAGCGGUUUACCCAUGCUCAAGGAAUGUUGUUGCGGCUGUUCACUCAAAACCGGCUCCAUGAUCAUAGGGUUCAUCACCAUGAUUUGGGCAAGCAUUCUUACAUACAUGGCGAUAAUGUCACUCAUAAACGGAAACUAUGUAAUUGUUAGCAAAGAUUCAAAUAUCGACACAGUUUUGGAGUCGUGUAUACUUGGGGCUCGUACUCUUCAGGCCAUUUUCAGCCUUUUUCUGAUCAUUGCCACCCACAAGGAAAAUGCAGGUUUGAUCUUGCCGUGGCUUGUGGUGGCGUUAGUUGUAGUUAUGAUGGAAGGAGCGUAUCUAGCGACUAUGGCGAGUCAUUUGGCCAUUGGCGAUCUAAACCCCCGAAUUGUCAGCUUAGCUACUCAUGUUUCAGUGACAGUCUACUUUUUCUUUGUGGUCUACAGUUACUACCGACAAGUAAGGGAUGUAGACAGAGGACUGGGCAAGGCUUGAAAAUGACAAAAGCUUUAAGUACAAAAAUGUUGCAGAAAAAUUAACUUAAUCCUUGGAACAAACAGAAUCUUCAUAGAGAUCUGUUAUUUUGUAUGUGCAUGUGGUUAGUGUCAAAUUAAAAUAUUUCUUCUUUCAUUGAUUAAAAGAAAUAUUUUGCAGCGGUAAUGUAAAGCUUACAAUGGAUGUUACUUAAAUUUUCACAUUAUAUAAGUGUAAAACUCUGUGAAUUAUGAGUGAAGUUAGCCCUUUAGCCUAAAAAUCAUAUAUUUGACUUAAAAAAAGAUAGUGUGAUAAUAAUGUUUAUUUACGAAUAAAAAACAAUUUUCACCUUUAUAGUAAUUUUGAAAGUGGUAAUUCUCUUCCAAUUCACAUUCCCCAUGGUUUGACCGUUUAUUGUAUGAUUUAAUUCCCAAAUAUUUGUUUAUAUUAUUUUCUAAGCUGUGGAGGGAUGAGUAAAAUCCUAGAAAAUCUUUCAUUCCAGUACAGUAUUUUUAUGUUUAUCUUCUCCUUGAGAUCACCUAUUAUAUUUAACAUUUUAGAAAACCUCAUAUGUAGACUACCGAAUGUAAAACUUUGUAGAUUUCUAAUUAUGCCUUCACUUUUAAUUAAAUUUCAUAAGUUCCUAAAACUGUAUCUUGUGCAUAUAAUUAAUACCGGUGCAUGUUUGAACAGUUCUGUACAGUCUUGUUUGUAAAUUACUUACUUUCAAUAAUAAAGAGACUUU